CGCCAUGAGGAAGCAAAGGGGAAUUGAUCGAAAUCUGGAUGUUGUCCAUAGCGGUUUGGUACUCUGGCAGCAACAAAAACCAACAACAACCUCUUUUGGCUCCAUCGUUGGGCGUGAACGCAUUGCACGUUUAUUGUUAACUAAAGACCAACUCAACGUCCAAUUACCCGUUAAUGACGAGUCUGCAAAAGAAUUUGCAGAUGCUCAACAGCAUCAAGGGAUUGGACGUUCACCAGCAGCAAAAUUAAGCGUUGUAGAUUUAAAUAGUGAACAGCAAGUAACGCUUAGAACAGUAAAUGUGCCUAAAGGACCUGAGGGACUUGGACUUUCUAUUAAAGGAGGAAGUGAAGGGACACAUCGAGUGCCGAUAGUGAUUUCUAAGGUAAUUUGUUCAGCUUUUUAA